CUCCCUCACAACACGACACAUAACGGCACAAAGUGCGGAUCUUCUCCGCUUUUAUUCUCGUUUGCUUUUUUUGACAAUCGCCUGUGUUUUCGGUGUUAUUUCGAGUCGAAAGUAGAAAUAGGGCAGAUUUGUAUUAAACCGCGGGAUAUAGAUGCAGAUUUUCUAUGCAUUUUCCGAUGGCGCGUGCCAAACGCAGGAAACGGAGUAUUUAAGUUGCAGUGUUUAUCGGUAUUUUAUAUCGUUAAAGAGAUAUUUCUUUUUCUAAACAUCGGUAAGAUUUCCUGACUGUAAGGUGAAAGUUGUGAGAAUACUUCUGGAGGAUUAGAAACGGCGUUGUGUUGACGCGUGUCAGCGCGCGCUGGGGCGUCAGAGGAUGAGACACCGUCGGUGGGAGUUUAACUUAACCAGUUUUGUGAUUUAACCGGCUUUCAAGGAUCAUGAUGUUCGCGGGAAUGAUAAGGGUGGAGAGUAAAUCAACAACACAGAAGAAUGACAAUAACGCCAAGUGUUACCGGUGUGCUGUAAGAUCAGAUGGUGCAAGUGUGUCGGUCGUGUCAGAGAGCCGUCACAGAAAAAGUUUCAGACGGCCGGGUUACAUGAGGGCAGAUCCGGUUUGCCAGGUGGACGUUGCUACCAGCUCGCCAGCCAAGCCUUCAUGUGAUUCCCACAGAAAUUCUGAAAUUCCCAAUAGUGUCCCAUCCACUACGAACAUUCAAACGUUUAAUUCUGAAUUACCCAGUAGCCCCGGUGAGAAAUGGCUUAAGGAGAUUUUGGAGAAAGACGACUCUUCAAACGGUCAAAAUCACUGUUUGCUUGAGGAAACUUCGAAAAGCAUCUCAUCAUGUGACGUUUUUAACUCCAGCUUUAGUUUUAUUCAGCAGUCACUAGAAACAGGUGAUCUAUUAGAUUUAACCACAGGUGAACGAUCUCCAUCUCAGUAUUUAAACAAAAGAUCUGAAUCGGCUUCAUGGGAUCAUCCUGAACCUUUAAACUCUUCAGGUACUAUAAAACCUGCUUGCACUGUUUUAGGAAAUAAAUCCAUGUUUGAAGAUGAUUCAUUGAGUCAAUCAAAGACCAGUUCUGUGCUAAUCAACCAAUCAGAACCAGAGGUUUUCACAUUAGGCCAGCUGCCCUGUUCGAUUGGUCGGUCAGUAAAACCCAAAAGACUGUUAUUAGACAAAGAGUUGUGGCUGAUGGACCUGGACGUGUCUUGGUGCCACAGGGACGCACAGAUCUCAUCGUCAAUGAGCGUACAGGACUCCGACUCUGGCUCUCUGGACACUGAGGUCACCUCUUCGCUCUCUGUUGAUUCGUCCGAUUCCACUUCGUCGUCUUCGGUUACUUCUGGCUACGACAGCGCCACCCCAUCUGCAGAUCAGUGUCGCAAUGGCAUGAAGAAGAAAUGUGAAGAUAUUUUACAAGACUGUCUGAGGAACAGUCGUACAAAUGCCAAGAUUGAGUCCAUGAUGCUGAAGCUACACAGAUUACAGCACAGAGCGGUCCUCGAUGAUGACUAUGAUGCCGCUGAGCGGUUUGGUAAGAAACUGGAUGAUCUGCGCAGAGAACGAGCAACUCUGAAUCCUGCUCUUCCCUCCAGACAUCCUGCAGUUUCUCAAUAUCUGCAGGAGCUCAGGACGGCCGUACACAGCGCCCUCCAGAGGACCAGCUCUCAAUGCACAUCUCGUGACAUCACAAACAGGAAAGAAAACAGAGAAAAGGACGAAGUGAGUGAAGAUCAGAAAUGGUUAGCUAGCUCUACUGGUCAACAUCAAACACGGGAACAUCUGAUAUGGGAAAAACAGAGGAUUCAGAAGGAGAUGCGUGAUCUUCAGAGGAGGCUGGAGGAGCUUCAGGUGCAGAGCAAAGCUGUGGAGAUGCAACUGGGUAUGAAGGUGCAUAGACUGGAGGUGGAGAUGCCAAUGCUGAGAGGCUGUGAUGUGGCUCAGCUGCAUCUGAUUGGUCGAGCUCUGGAGGACAUGAUGACAUCUGAACAUCGAAUUCAGAUCUGUGCUUCUCCACCAACAGAGAUCAUCAGACUUCAGGAACAGGAGCAAGCACUGAAUUUGUCCAUUAAAGAAACAACAGCUAAAAUGCUGAUGAGUCAGAAACUAGGCAGCAGUCUGCGAAGGAAAGUUAGUGAGACUGAAACGCAACUCUUGGCCCUUCAAGAAGCAAAGCUUGCAGCCAUCUCAGGAAAUGAUUUCAGUAGUGCAAAAGAACUGAAGGCAGAGAUAAGGAACGUGUAUGGAGAGAGAGACCGUCUGGAGACGCUCUUGAGGAAGCUGCAUACGUUGAGUACAGGAAGUGGACAGGAACUGACCCGUAUGAAGGAGAAACAGAACCAGGUCAAACUGGACCUGCAGUGGCGAGAGGCACAGCACGAGCGCGGUUUAAAAGAAAGCAUUUUGAAAUACAUUGAACUUUUGGAGGAACAACGUCACAGUUGUGAAAGUCCAGCUUUGGAGCACAUUUGGGAAGCAGAUUUGGAGGCUUGCCACCUUCUUCUAAAAGGUCAGGAGCUGCGAACCCCCAGCCUUUCAGAAACUGAGGAUGUUCCUCCUAUGCCAGCCUCGAGUUCAAAUGUCUUCACAGAGGAGGAAGAAGACUGCGCCAUGUUGACUGCUUUAGGAGGACGCUGGUGUCCGGACGCUAACCUUCAGCACUCUGAGUUUACUAAGAAAUUAGAGGAGUUUCUCUUCUGUGUGGAAGACAGUCCAAAGGAUCUGUGUGAAGAGGCAGUGGAGCUCACGGUGCGAUGUGACAUCAUCAGUGACCGACUGCAUUACCUGGAGGAUCAGCUUCAGAUGGCCAUGGAGAACCACGAUAAAGACCUUGCAUUGUCCUUGGAGAAAGAGGUUCAGGAGGUGAAGGCCACGCUUCAUGCCAUGCUGUCACAACUGAAGCAAGAAGAUGAUAAUGAGGAAGAUAAUAAUGAUGAUGAUGAUGAUGAUGAAGAUAAGUAUUGUGAUGUAGAAGAAGAACAGUUGGAGGAUGGACAUUUAGAAGAGGGUCUUUAUUUCAGCGACAGCUGGGAUAUUUAAAGAGACUAUGUAUUAUUUGAUGUGUGGUUUUAGCUUAAUGCCCAGGCGGGUCUUGUUAUACAGCUACGUGUGUUUUCAUACUGUAGUCUUGCACUGUAUCUGAACACUUACAAGAACCACUAAACAUAAAACUUGCACAUAAUUGUUAAAAAAAAUCACUCUUGUCGAUGAAAGGAAUUAUUUAACUCUUUCCCCGCCAUUGACGAGAUAUCUCGUCAAUUAAGAGAAAACGCUUCCCCGCCAAUGAAGAGAUUUUCUGUCUUUCCGCAAUACCGUUAUUAUCCGCAACUUUUUAAACCCGGAAGUAUUGCUCUAUGGCAAGCGGUUGCAUGUCCGUGUCUGUUUUAAAGAUCGCUCUGAAUGGGAUCUCUAUGAAAAGUCUGUCAUAAAAAUGGAAUUAUCUCUGCUUUUUGCUCAAAAUAUGGUGUUUUUGCAAAAACCUACCCAUAUUCAAAAGCUGAUUCCAAAAGAACCACUAAAGGUAGGAUGAAAUGGUUUUUUUUGUUUGAAAGCAGAGGGUCAGUUCUUUCAUUUGGUAUAUUGUAUGUUUAUAUAUUUAAAGAAGAACAUUUUCUGGAAGGCAUUAAACUUUGGUGAAAAUCAUGAAAAACGCUGGCGCUGGCUGGCAACUUUUUUAAAAAACGCUGGCGGUGAAAGAGUUAAUGCAAGAAAUAUUUUCUUUUACACUUGAAUUAAAUAAAAAUAUCACAUUUCACCCAUUAAUUAAAAGAAAACAAUAUAUGAAGAGCUCGGAUGCAAAACCGUGUAAGUGCAUCUGACAUGUUUUCUUGUAAAUGAGCAUUUUUUUUAAGAUUCUGUCAAGAAACCAGUAUUUCUGAAUGGCAUGAGGGCCAGCAUUAAGCAGAUUUGAAGCGUAAAUGUUUGAUGCGCGUAUAAUACGUUCCAAGAGCAUUUGGUGAACUCUUUCCCCGCCAUUGACGAGUAAUCUCGUCAAUUAAGAAAAAAACAUUUGCAUCAAAAAAUGUGAUUCUGAAUUUUUUUUAUGUUAAUCUGCAAUACCGUGAUUAUCCACUAAAUACCAAAUUUAUGAAAAAAAAUGAAGCCACUAGUUAUUUACUAAUUUUAAACUCUGUGUAUGUUUUUAUAAUUGUUCUGAAUCUGAUCUCUAAAAAUACAAAUAUGUAAGAGUUUAUAAAAUAUAGAACGUUUUUUCCCCAUUUUGUUUGUUUAUUGUUUGUUUGAAAGCAGGGUCUGUUCUUUCAUUUGAUAUAUUUGUAUGUUUAUAUAUUUUUUGAAGAAAAUUUUCCUGGAAGGCAUUUUGUGAAAUUUUUUGAAAAUCACAAAAAAAUGCUGGCGGGCAACUUUUCAAAAGAUGGCUGGCGGGGAAUGAUUUAAUAUCAUUCUCAAUUUUUGACGAAGGUGGCAUUUAGCGGCUUUUGCAUCUGAACUCAAAAAAAACAUUAACUUCAACUCUCAGUCUUGUUUUUUACUGAUGUAAGAGAGGAUGUUUCAUGAUUUGGGAUAAAAUAAGAAUCUUACUAUAAUGAGUAUUUGUAUUGACCAUUUGUGUGCUUGUUUUUGUAGCUUGUAGUUAUUUUCAUUUAUUUAAUAACUUAUCCUGUUAUUUAUUUAAUAUGCUUUGAUGUAUGAAAUCCAUUUGAGCAGUACAAACAGUAAAAUCUGUCUGGGACAAAACGGAUUAUAAAGAAGAAGAAAGCAUGAGAUGAAACAGACCUCUCAUACCAAAAACUUUGUGACCCUGGACCACAAAAUCAGUCCUAAGUAGCAUAUGUAUAUUUGUAGCAAUAGCUAACAUUAUGGGUCAAAAAUUAUGCAUGAAAAUAUGUAGUAAAUUUCCUACCGUUAGUAUAUCAAAACUUUUAUUUUUGUGAGUGGAUAAGGACUUCAUUUGGACAUCUUUAAAGGUGAUUUUAUCAAUAUUUAGAUUUUUUUUGCACCCUCAGAUUCUAAAUUUUUAAAUCAUUGUAUUUCUCUAUCCUAAUUAAACAUACAAUAAUGGAAAUUCAUUUAUUCUUUCAGAUGAUGCAUAAAUCUAAAUUUUAAAACAUUUCCCCUUAUGGCUGAUUUUGUGGUCCACAUAGCCAAUGUGUACAAGCUUAAGAGCUCAGGAUUUUUUCAGGAUGUGUCUUAACUCAUUUUAUCCUCACGACUGAACUUUGAACAGUUGUUCUCUAUAGUUCAUGAUUUAAGAAUGUGGUGCUAUGAAGUUUGAAUAUGAAGUUUGAUAUCUGCAAAGACUUUGGUUUGUUAAACCAGAGCAGUUAUAUGAAGCACACUGAUCUGUUAAUGUUUUGUGUUUUUAUUACUGUGUGAAUUAUAAAGGUAAUGUAGCCUAAGUGCCUUUUUAAAGCAGUUUUCUUCUGUUUAGCACAAAAUUGUUUAAUAUUAAUUUCAUUUUGUCAUGUACCACUUUUUUAAGCACUUAAAGUUACUUUUUUUUCUUCAUUUUUUACUAAUCACAAAGCACGUACGCACAUUGUAAAAAAUGAUAUCAAUACAUAUUUUUAUGUUACUAUAACUUUACAAAUUGUUAAUAUAAGUUAUGUCAACUUAUAUUAAAACUUAAAAUAGUAGUUUGCAUGCUUAACAUUUGAUUUUGUCAUCAGUAUUACAAGUGGGAUAUUUCUUGUUUUAACUCAGUUGAUUGUUUUGAAUUUUGAAUAUAAUGCAAUGUUAUUUGAUGAUAACAUCCACCAAAAAUGCUUAAAGAUUAAAUUUGCA